UCCUUCCUCGCCAACAUCCUUAGCUGUGCGUGUCCCGUUUCCAUUAUCGCUCCUUUCAGCUAUAAAGCAUACCUUUUGGCUUACCAAUGCUCGCCGGCUUCCAUUCCACCUCUCCUUUCCAGUGAUGAUCAUCGAUACAGAGAAUCUGAGGGCUACCGAGCUCAGGCUGGGACUCCCCGGCGCCGAUGAGGAGGCGCCUGACCGCCCCGCGCGUGGAUGCAAGCGAUUGAUGACGGAGACGGGAAGCGAGGAGAGUGGAUCAAGGAUCGAGGUCUUGGAGGAUGAUAGAGGCCCGGAGGCUACGGUUUCUUCAAAGGCUCAGGUAGUCGGGUGGCCACCGAUCCGGGCGAAUCGGAAGAAUGUUUUCCCGGGGAGGAAGGCGGAAGCAGAGGCUGCCGGCGGUGGCGGCGGAAUAUAUGUGAAAGUUAGUAUGGAUGGUGCCCCCUACUUGAGGAAGAUUGAUCUGAAGCUGUAUAAGAGUUAUGAACUGCUUAGAGAGGCUUUGGAAGACAUGUUCAAGUGCUUCACCUCAGGAGAUUUUUCAUCGGUGACUUUGGGGGGAGGGGGAUCGAAUUAUGCUGUUGCGUAUGAAGAUAAAGAUGGAGACUGGAUGCUUGUCGGAGAUGUUCCAUGGAGGAUGUUCAUUUCUUCUUGCAAGAGGCUGAGGAUAAUGAGAGGAUCUGAUGCCAAAGGGUUGAGCCCCAAAUUCUUGAAUUGAAGUUUUUUUUUUUUUUUUUUUUUUUUUUUUUUUUUUUUUUUUUUUUUUUUUGAGAAAAAAGGCAAAGAGAUAGGAGAAAAGGAGAAGAAAUGGUGCAUCAACUUCUAGUUUUCUUUAUUUAUUUUUUAUUAAAUUUUGAAUGUAAAAUUAUGCUAAUGCUUAGUUAUAUAUGUAAGCAUAAGAGAACUUUGUUCCUAAGAAAUUGUACAGAGAAAAUAUUGUCAUA